AUGAUGCCUAUGAAUAAUUAAAGUUAAUAAGAAGAAAACGCUAAUUAGCCUUUAGAUGAAACUUAAGAAUUGAUAUCUGCAUCUGAUUUAGACUAAGAUUAUGAUAAUGACUAUUAAGAUAGGAAUCUGUCGAAUGAAUUGAACAAUGCAUUGUUUAAAUCCAGAAUAAUUUUAAAAAGAGCCAUAUUUAGUUAUGCAUAUUAUAGAUUAAGUAAAAUGAUUUUAAAUUUCUUUGCUAAAAAGCUGUUUAAUACUGAUGUCAAUGACUUCUUUUAUUGGGAUAUUUUCAAAUUCUCUGAGAUAGUUGUAAAAAAGUGA